AUGGAUGCAUUUUGGAAGUUUAAUCGACAUAAAGGAAAGUAUACUGAACGUUCAUUGAAUGAAAUAAGUUUGGGUGGUUUACUUGUUGCUGUUGUUCUUCGUACAAUACAAUUUAAUAUGACACGUAUGCGUGCUAAAUAUUUACAUACAAAUUGUUUUGCUGCAUUAGCAAAUAUGUCUUCACAAUUUCAAAAUUUACAUACAUAUGUUUCACAAAGAAUUGUUUCUUUGUUUAAUUUACUUGCACGUAAACAUACAAAAACAUUAGAUCUUAUACAACAACAGCAAAUAUUAACAACAAAUACUUCAAAUGAUAAUAUAUUUAAUGAAAAUGUACAAGAUUUAAGUAUCAUUGAAGAUGUUAUGAGAAUGGUUUUAGAAAUAAUUAAUUCUUGUUUAACACAUACACUUCAACAUAAUAUUAAUCUUAUUUAUACAUUACUUUAUAAUAAAGAUAUAUUUGAUAAUUAUAGAGCACAUCUUAGUUUUCAAGAUAUUUUACAAAAUAUUGAUACAAAAUUUCCUGAAUUAAAAUUUACAUAUGUUGGAGAAGAACAAUCUGAAGAUUUUUUUGUACUUUAUAUAUGGACUUUAGUUUAUAAAUCUUGUAAUCUUUAUUGGUCAUCUGAAUCAAUUCUAAUCUUUAAACAACAACAAUCAUUAAUUUCACAGUGA